CUCCCGGGCCGGGACGGGCCUGGGCACCGGGCGGAGCUCCGCGGCCGGGUGGCAGCGGCGCGGCGUGGGCACGGCGCCUGCAGCCGACCCCCGGCCCCGGGGGCGCCGCCUCCGCCCGCGGCUUCUGCACGGCCAGUCUACCACUCCUGCUAUGAUGCCUGGGCAGAUUCCAGACCCUUCUGUGACUGCGGGCUCUCUGCCAGGGCUCGGCCCCCUCACGGGACUCCCCAGCCCAGCUUUGACUGCUGAGGAGCUGAAAUACGCCGACAUCCGCAACAUUGGGGCCAUGAUUGCGCCCUUGCACUUCUUGGAGGUGAAACUGGGCAAGAGGCCCCAACCCAUGAAAAGUGAGUUAGACGAGGAAGAAGAGCGAAGGAAAAGGCGCCGGGAGAAGAACAAAGUGGCAGCGGCCAGAUGCCGGAACAAGAAGAAGGAGCGGACGGAGUUUCUGCAGCGGGAGUCGGAGCGGCUGGAACUCAUGAACGCUGAGCUGAAGACCCAGAUCGAAGAGCUGAAGCAGGAGCGGCAGCAGCUCAUCCUGAUGCUCAACCGUCACCGCCCCACCUGCAUCGUCCGGACCGACAGCGUCAGGACCCCCGAGUCUGAAGGCAACCCGCUACUGGAGCAGCUGGACAAGAAGUGACCGUGGGGCAGGGAGGAGGAAGCAGAGGCCGAGGAAGGAGGAGGACAGGUAAAGAGGGGAGGGGAGGGGGUCCCGGAGGGCCCCCUCCUUGGCGCAUGAGAAACUGUGAGGAGGCUCAGCCUGCCAACACCCCCCACCCCCCACCCCAGCGGACUCCUUUGUGAAACUCAGAUGAGCCAACAGGAGGGGAAGAGUGUGUGGAAGAAAUCCGGAGGGAACAAGCGCUGAGACCAAAGGUGACCCGUGGGAAGGGCUGUCCUGCCUGGAGCCCAGCUGGAAGGAGGCAGGACAGGAGUCAUGGGCCAAAGAGAUGCCUAGCCUGGCAGUCUCACAGACCCUUCUCUGGACCUCUGCCAAGACGCCACCGCCCCUCCCCCCACGGAGGGACCACUGAUCAGCCAGGAAAAGCCAUGCGUUGCAACCAAAAUGCAGCUGAGAUUGGAACUCAGCACGAACUGCAGCCCAUCCUGCUCCGGCUGUGCCACGCUGCGGGGCCCUGCCGCCCCUGCCCGGGAGGCGCAGCCAGGCACCCUCGCCAGCCCUGCUGGAGCUCGCUGUGGGCACUGAGGCGCGGGCGCCCUUCCAAAGCACAUACUGAAUGUUUACAGACUGGCUGACCUGGCAGCGCUCGCAACUGCACAUGGUGUUUUGGUUUUGUGUUUUUUUUUUAUAUACUUUCUUUUUUUUAAAAUAUUUUUUACAAAAAAAAAAGAUUUUAUACAAGCAAUAUAUAUAUGGAUUUCUAUAAUCACUCGAUGUGAUACAGUAUAAAUAUGCUAUGGUUGGUUUGUUACAGACAGAUACCCAGCAGUCAUGGCUGCUGUGUGUAACUGCUCAGUACUGUAGUCUCUGGGUGUUGGGGGGUGGCCGGGUGGGUGGGGUACGUUUCCAUCCUUGUAAACCCUUCCUGUAAACCCAGUCCUGUAUCGCUCAGUAAACAUUGCUCUUACUUACCA